AUGGGGUUUGUAUAUGAACACAUUUGCUUACAGGCGACUGAUUUAUCAGACUGUGAGAGCGAUGGUGAAGAAACUAGCUAUGAAAGAAAACGACAGUUAAAUAUCAAAGAGAACCAGGCAAUGUUGAACCAAUUACUUGCUGAACUUAAAAAGAUUCCUGGGAUAAUGCCAGUGAAGAAGGCAACUCCUAAGACGUCUCGAAGAUCUUUCCCAUCUGAAAUGGUUGAAAAAAGACGCAAUCCUCCUCGCAGUGCAAGAGCUAGUCCACCAAAGACCCGAUCCAGAACUAAGAGAGUGCGGGAAGAUGUAGAUGAAAAUGGAGAUGAUGAUCAGAUCUCAUCUAAGAAAGUAAAGAAAUUAUUUAUUCGGUUUGGACCAUCUAAAACAAAACUGAAGAAAGAGGGUGAGGAGGAGGAUGCGGAUGAAGAUGGAGAUUGGGAAUUUGAUGAGCUUCCUCAAAAAAGAAGAUAUUCUGGUAUUGUUAUUGAUGAUAGAACAGCGGAUGAGAUAACUGAUGAGGAUCUAGAUAUGGUUGCUAACAGUGUAGCUGAAAAAAACUAUGACAGCAUUAAUGGUAAAAGUUGUCACCAAUGUCGACAGAAGACAGAUGAUAUGAAGACUAUCUGUAGAUCUGGUGUAUGUUUUGGUGUUCGUGGUCAGUUCUGUGGUCCAUGUUUACGUAAUCGGUAUGGAGAAGAUGCUAAGAAGGCUCUCAAAGACCCCAACUGGGCAUGUCCUCCUUGUCGCGGUGUAUGCAAUUGUAGUUUCUGUCGCAAAAAAACUGGACAUCAUGCAACUGGUAUAUUGAUCCAUUUGGCUCGACAUAGUGGAUAUGACAAUGUUAAGCAGUAUCUAGAUAGCUUCAAAGUAUAAUGUCCAGGGUUGUAAAGAUUUCCAACUGCCAGCCAAUGUGUUGUUCUUUUUUUAAAAUUAUUAUAAAUAUUCGUAGUUUAUUGAUCUUUCAUCAGAGUUUUUAAUAGUUAAAAGAAUUGUUGUUCAAGAUGGAGACAAAUGCUAAGUUAGAUUAGUUUUUGUUAUCUGUUGA